CCAGGACGUGUGAGCUCCGUCGUUGCGUUUGCUAGCUUGCCAUUCGCGAGUCCAUCUCACAUCUCGUAUCUCCAUCAAGAAGUUCUUCGCACAUCGUCACUUGAUACAACACUCCUCAGCACUGUGAGCAAGGCUUCAGGCGCCUCCCUGGCUGCUCAAUAUGCACAUCAAGACCAUUACGAUUCAGGGCUUCAAGAGCUACCGAGACCAGAUUGCUGUUGAUCCUUUCAGCCCCGGCAACAAUGUCAUCGUUGGCCGCAACGGUUCCGGGAAGUCGAACUUUUUCUCUGCGAUCCGCUUCGUCCUCUCAGAUGCCUACGUGUCCAUGUCUAGAGAGGAGCGCCAGGCCCUCCUCCACGAUUCCUCCUCUUCCACCUCAACCACUCUCUCUGCCUUUGUAGAGAUCGUCUUUGACAAUGCCGAUGGGCGCUUCCCUACCAAUGGCGUUGAAGUCAUUCUGAGGAGGACGAUCGGUCUCAAAAAGGACGAGUAUUCCAUCGACAGAAGGAGCGCCUCCAAGGCAGAUGUAGCCAAUCUUCUAGAAGCAGCGGGCUUCUCCAGGAGCAAUCCCUACUACAUUGUACCUCAGGGCAGGAUCACUCAUCUCACCAACAUCAAGGACUCUGAGCGUCUCAAUCUUCUCAAGGAAGUGGCAGGAACAAGAGUCUACGAACAGCGCCGUACCGAGUCGCUCAAGAUCAUGACAGACACGGACUCGAAGCGAGCAAAGAUUGAGGACCUUCUGACCUACAUCGAAGAGCGACUCUCGGAGCUCGAUGAAGAGAAGGAAGAGCUCAAGACGUACUACGAAAAGGACAAAGAUCGCCGAUGUCUCGAGUACGCAAUCUACCAGCGUGAGAUGGCAGACGUCACCGCUCUUCUGGACGAGCUCGAGGAGCAUCGCAACAAUGACGCUGGGACGUCUGCAGCUCGUCGCACCGAAUUCCGGGACAGGGAGAAGGAGCUGGCGAAGCUCGAGGCAGACCUAUCAGAGACAAAGCAGGCGCAGACACAGCAGCAGCUCGCCAAGGACACCCUGGUUGCGGAACGAAGAGAGCUGUCUCGGGCAGUAGCCCAGCUAGAUGCCCAGGUGCGGGACGAUGAAGAAAGCGGAGAGAGGACACAAGAGAGGAGGGAGGAUUUGCAGCAGAGGCUCGACGAAGUCGAGGCUGAGAUCUCAGAGAAAGAGAGUGAGCUCAUGAGCGUCGUUCCUGAUUGGCAAGAGAGGACUGACAGCCUGGAUGAGGCUCGAGAGCGACUGGAGACGGUCAAGUCACGCCUGGCCUUCAUCAUUGCCAAAGGUGGACGAUCGGCUCAAUUCCGAAAUCAGGCUGAGCGAGACGAGGCGCUUUCGCAGCAGAUUGAAGAGCUGCAGUCUUUCGAGGCUGCUCAGAGCUCUCGCCUGACUGAAGUAACGGCCGCCCAAGAGCGAGCGGAAGCGAGAGUGCAAGAGAUCGAAGAGACUGUUCAGACCAAGGAGGCUGCCCUCGAGCAGAGGAAACGGACAAAGGACGAGGGCCUGGCAACUUGGACGACCAAGAAGGCGAGGCGAGAUGAGCUCAGCGAACAGCGCAAAGAGCUGUUCAAGGAGGAGACCAAGCUGAUGUCCUCCACUGCCUACGCCGAGGAACAAUUCAACCUCGCCAACCGCAAGCUGGCAGCGACUAUGGACAAGACUACAUCGCAAGGUCUCAACUCUGUGAUGCAAGUCGUCAAGGCACACGAUGUUCAGGGCUACCAUGGACCUCUUUACAAGCUCUUCACUGUGGACGAUCGAUAUCAGACAGCAGCAGAAGUCACUGCCAACACGAGUCUCUUCCACAUCGUGGUCGACAACGAUGAGACCGCCAGUAGAAUCCUUGCCCUGAUGAAAGACGAGCAGCGCGGUGGUCGGGUGACCUUUAUGCCUCUCAACCGUCUGAAGCCCAAGCAGCAGACAUUUCCGACUGCUACUGAUGCAAUCCCACUCAUCAACAAGCUGCAGUACGAUGCCCGCUUCACUCCCGCCAUGAAGCAAGUCUUCGGUUCCAUGUUGGUCUGCUCCGAGCUUGACGUCGCCAGCGCUUAUGUGCGUAGUCAUGGAGUGAACACGAUCACCCUCGACGGUGACAAGGUGGAGAAGCGGGGUGCGCUCACUGGAGGUUACCACGAUCCUCGACGAUCUCGGCUGGACUCGAUCCGCGAUGUGACCAAGUGGCAAGACUUGCUCAAAGGAGAUGCCGACAGGCUAAAGGAAGUCAGAGAGACCACUCUGCAGCUCGAGCAAGAGAUCACCACCCUCACAGGUGAGGUUCAGUCCCUCGAAGCUCGCAUCUAUCAAGCUGCCAACAGCAGAGCUCCUCUGCUCGAGGAGCUGCAAUGGCUCAGGAGUGAGGAACAGGACGCAAGGCGGGACCUAGCCAUCGUCCAACGAGAGCUAACAACAUUGCAAAGGAAUGUCAAGGCGGCCGUUGCUGAGAGGGAGGCUCUAGAGCAAGAGCUCGGUACGGAGAUGCGACAGGGUCUCACACCUGCCGAGCAAGCUGAGCGUGAUCAGCUGUAUGCUCAGGAAGACGCUCUGGGCAAGGAAGUCGCCGAUCUGUCCGCCAGGGUUGCCGAGCUGACCAAGUCCAAGAACGACCUCGAGAUUGACCUUGACGAACAAUUAAAGAGGGAGAGGGAUAUCCUGCAAUCUCAGCUUGAGGAUCUCGGCGAGGCUGUCAACGUGGGCGGAAGUCGCGCUGUCACUACCGGCGAAGCCAGCUCGACCGCUCGCAGGAGUGAGUUGAAUCGACUCAAGAAGCAGCACGAUGAGCGCAAGACUGCUUUGUCAAAUCUCGAAGCAGAGCUUGACAAUCUGGGCAAGCGCAUUCAAGAGCUGCAAGAGUCGCACGACAAGGUCUACGCUGCGCAACUGGAGACAGCCAGGGCGAUCGAGAAGCAGCAGAAGAACAUCGACCGCUACAUGUCAAAGCGUCAGAGGUUCCUCGAGCAGAAGGACAAGUGCAAUGCCCAUAUCAGAGAUCUCGGUGUUCUGCCGGAAGAGGCUUUCGAAAAGUAUCUCAGCACGAGCAUGGACCGGCUGGUGAAGAAGCUGCACAAGGUCAAUGAUGCGCUGAAGGACUAUUCGCACGUCAACAAGAAGGCCGUCGAGCAGUACAAUAAUUUCACCAAGCAGCGUGAUCAGCUCACGCAGAGGCAGAGCGAGCUUGAAAAAUCUGCCGAGUCCAUCCAGGAGCUGAUUGAGGUGCUUGACCAGAGGAAAGACGAGGCCAUCGAGAGGACCUUCAAGCAGGUUUCGAAGAACUUUGAGGAAGUCUUUGCUAGGCUGGUGCCUGCUGGAAGGGGCAAGCUAAUCAUGCAGAAGCGCAUCGACGAGGAGGGCCCGGACGAAGAGGAAGAGAUGGACGUUGAUAGCGAGGAAGAAGAGGCCCAGGAAGAGUCUGAGCUCUCCGACGAGGAGAUGGAGGAAGAAGCGACACCUCGACGAGGACGUGGAGGUCGCGGUGGCAGAAAGACCGCCGCUGCUGGCAAGAAGGGCGCCAAGGGCAAGAAGGUAACAGCAGCAGCAACCAAGGCCAAGAGCAAGACCGCUGCCGCAUCAACCGCCAUCGAUCACUACACUGGCAUCUCUAUCAAAGUCUCCUUCAACUCAAAGUCCGACGAGGGUCUUCGUAUUCAGCAGCUCUCCGGCGGUCAAAAGUCCCUCGUGGCACUCGCUACCGUCUUUGCGAUCCAAAAGUGCGAUCCGGCACCCUUCUACCUCUUUGACGAGAUCGACGCCAAUCUCGACGCCCAGUACCGAACCUCGGUGGCGGGAAUGAUCGAAGAGCUGAGUGCGAAUGCUCAAUUCAUCACUACGACUUUCAGGCCGGAGAUGGUGGCAGUGGCGGAAAAGUGCUACGGAGUGCUGUUCAAUGCGCAGAAGAUCUCGAGCGUAAGGAGCAUCUCCAAGGACGAGGCGAAUAGCUUCGUCGAGGCCGCCGCGGCGGCAGUCUAGGCGCGCUAGUCUACUCGAAGUGAGGUUUUGGGUCGAAAGUGAAGUUUGUGCCAGUAGCUUUGUCAGAGAGUCUCUCGUUCCUUUCGUGUGUAUCAAUACCAAUAGUCCUCGCU